AUGGCUGUGCUUGCAAGAAAAUUUAAAAGAGCUUUCAAGAAGGGAGGAAGCAAAUACAAGAAAUUCUUGAAAAAGUAUACUCCCAAGGAUAAAUACUUCAGAGAUUCAAAAGAAGAAAUUGUAUGUUAUGAGUGUCACAAACCUGGACAUAUCAAGCCCAAAUGUCCAUUGCUCAAAAAGAAGAAAGGAAAAGAAGAUAGGAGCAAGAAAGCUAUGAAAGUAGUAUGGAGCAACAGUGAAGAAUCUUCAAAUGAUGAAUCAAGUGACAAAGAGGCUGCUCUUCUUUGUUUGAUGGCACUUGAAGAGAAAGUCGAGAGCUCACAAAAAGAAGAAGAAAGCGACAAUGAGGUUUGUUGCAAAGGGAUGAAGGAAAGUGAUAAAUGGUAUAUAGAUAGUGGUUGUUCAAAGCACAUGGUAGUGAAAAAGACAAGUUUUCAGAAAUUGCAAUGA